ACCCUCUGACUUAGAAGUGACUCUCAAAUCCUCACCGUUGCAGUGCUAUCUGAUUUGCAGGAAUCCAAGACUUAAGCAACUAUGUCCAAGCCCAGCGAGGCAGAACUCAUUCACAUUUUUAAGGGGAUUCCCUUUACCACAAGGUCUUCUCCAGAACUUUUAAAUUCCUUGGAUACUUUUGAUGCCAGAGAAGAUGAUGUCCUUUUGGUUUCCUAUCCCAAAUCUGGCACCCACUGGCUUGCAGGAGUUAUAACAAAGCUUUACACAACACAAGUUACAUUAACAUCUCCCAUUGAAUUUGGAGAUAUUUCCAAACUGGAGGAGCUGAAUAAACUCUCAUCCAAGCGAAUCAUCCCAACGCACUUAGACUACAACAUGUUACCUCCAAAUUUUAAGAAUAAAAAAUGCAAGAUGAUCUACAUCAGCAGAAACCCAAAAGAUACUGCAGUUUCUAUGUAUCAUUACUACAGAGAUAACCCAAACCUUCCCACUGUAGAUACCUGGACUGCCUUCUUUGACUUGUUCAUAAAAGGAGAUGUUGUCUGUGGAUCCUGGUUUGAUCAUUUUCUAAGUUGGGAAGAACAUCAAAAUGACAAAAACAUCCUGUUUUUGUUCUAUGAAGACAUGAAGAAGGAUCUCCCUAAGAGCAUAAAGAAAAUUAGUAUGUUCCUGGAUUUAUAUGUAAGUGACAACGAUAUCCAAGACAUCUGCAAAAAGUCCUCUUUCUCACAGAUGAAAAGUGACACGGAAAAGGAAAACAGCAGCCCCAAUCACACUGUUUGCUCACUGACAUCCAACAGGAAUCUGAUUUUCCGAAAAGGCACUGUUGGUGACUGGAAGAACCACUUCACUCCAAAACAGAACCGAAGGUUUGAGGAGAUAUUCAAUGAGAAAAUGAAACUCAGCAAAAUGGCAAAAAGUCUCAUCUAUGAAUUUUGACACCGUGUGGACAAUACCCAGUUAUCAACAAACACACAUGGAGCAACAGUGGGAAAUUCUGAACAGGGGGCUGCCAUUCACCUUACAACCCAUGCAACAGGAAGGAUUGCAAACAUGAGGUUUUGAGAACAGAAAAAUCCCAACACAAUGCCAGAGCUGAACUCAGUUUUCAGUGGGCAGAUGUAUAUGGUUUUACAGGGUCAAGUGUCAGACCCAUUUUUCUAUAACCGUAUCUAAUUUACAAUUUAUUUAUUUUUUUUUGCUUUGUGGGAAUAUAAAUGGACUUCUCAGAUGUGAUUUAGGGAUUUUACCU